AUGCCAUAUGAUGAAAUGUGGAGAAUCUAUUCAGAGGCAAAAAAAGACCCCUCUCCUUUAACUGCAAGAAAAAUGCGAGAAGUAGCUAAUUAUUGUAUUAUAGAUGCAUUACGUUGCCAAGAGCUUUUGGUAAAGCUAAGUCAAAUAAAUGAUUACAGAGAAGUCACUUCCAUAGCUCAUGUAUCUUUGUUCGACUCACACUAUCGUGCAAAUGGAAUGAAGGUACGAAACCUUUUGGGCGCUUAUUCUUUUAAACGUGAUAUGGUAUUUAACUCAAGAGUAUGUGAAAAUAUAGAAAAAAGAAAAUAUCCUGGUGCGUACGUUUUUCCACCUGAAAAGGGGAUUGAAACGAGAAGACAUGUAAUGGGAUUGGACUUUGCCUCAUUAUAUCCCAGUCUCAUCAUGGCUUACAAUCUCUCUCCUGAUAAAAUAAUACUAACACAUGAUGAGGCCAAAAUUGCAGAAAAAAAUAGAAAUAUUUUACAUAAGAUUGAGUUUCCAUUUAAUAACUGCACCAUCCAAGCUUGGAGUGUAAGACAUGAUAAUAAAUUUGAAAAGAAGGGCUUAUAUCCUGUUGUAUUAGAGGAUUUAUCUAACAAGAGGCUGGAGCUUAAAGCAUGUCUGGCCCCACUAGGAAAGAAAAGACAACAUCUUGGGAAGAUAAUAA